ACUUCACAAUAUGAACCACCUAAAAACAAAUACUCCUACCCACUCCCAUGAACUCUGUGUCCAGACUGCUCUCCAAGAUUCUAUUUUGCAUUUGCCGCCUCCUAAAUAUUUGGGUGCCCACUUAUGCCCGGAUCAACCCCAGUCUGAAGAAUUUCCAAUGUUUGUGGAUGCAUUUUCAGUUUUAGGACUGCAGGAAGAUCCAGAUGACGGCAAAGCCUCUGACAAUGCAAUCUCAUCUUCCUCAAGUCCAGAACCAGGGGAUGGGUUUGGAGUGGUUGCUGCAGAGAUCCUACUCGGGCCUGGAAAUCUGAGGAGGGGAGUCAACAUGACAGAAGCGGUGCCAGUGCCGAGCUCAGAGCAUGUUGCUGAAAUUGUAGGAAGGCAGGGUUGCAAAAUUAAAGCCUUGCGAGCCAAAACAAAUACUUACAUCAAGACUCCAUUACGAGGGGAAGAGCCGAUGUUUAUCGUGACUGGCCGGAAGGAGGAUGUGGAAAUGGCUAAAAGAGAGAUUUUAGCAGCUGCUGAGCACUUCUCUAUCAUAAGAGCCACACGCAACAAAGCCACUGGAAUUGCAGGUUCCACACAAAGUCCUCCUAACUUACCAGGCCAUACCACAAUACAAGUUCGUGUUCCCUACCGAGUUGUAGGUUUGGUAGUGGGACCUAAGGGGGCUACCAUAAAAAAGAUCCAACAGAGUACUCAUACCUACAUUGUAACACCCAGCCGAGACAAAGAACCAGUUUUUGAGGUCACAGGUAUGCCAGAGAAUGUUGACCGAGCACGGGAGGAAAUAGAAGCACACAUUAGUAUGAGGACAGGGGCUAUGGUAGAUAUUGUUCCAGAUAAUGAUUUUCACUACAAUGGCACAGAUGUUUGCAUGGACUUGCUUGGUGGAAGCUCUGCCGCUUUAUGGGCAAAAACAUCAGCUCCUCGGCGAGGAUCCAGUGGGUCACGCAUUGAAAGUCUGAGUAGUUUGUCUGGUGAGAGCCUAUAUUGCGGUACAACAGGCAGGGAACAGUGCCAAGAUAAUCUAUUUAGACCAAUGCUAGGGGGAGGCUUUACAGUGGCUGCCGAAACCCAUAGGGUUCCUCCACCAUUGGGCACUGAGGAUUCCGAAUUUGGUUUUGAUUUCCUAGCGCUAGAUCUUAGCACACCAACUGCAAUUUGGUCAUCCUUUGAACCAAAUGGAGGGCAAUGUCAGAGCUUAACUGUGUGUCCAGUACAGCGGAAGCACAGUUUCAGUGAAACUCCACGGCUUUCACCAACCCUGCCUGAUUCAAGUAUUGGACUAGAACAUCCUUUAGCACGUCGCAUACAUAGCGAUCCAAUCAGUGGGGUCUCCUGGCUGCCGCCCCAAGGCUCAUUGUCCUCCUUCUCCAGCAGCACUGGCUAUUCCUCGUCUUCCUCACUGCCUGGGAGCUCCUCUGUUGCAUCAGGUUCUCCGACUGACUCAAGCAACUCAGAAGGCCAACACAAGUGUGUUAGGGAUUGUGUUGUGUGCUGUGAAAGUGAGGUAAUUGCUGCCCUUGUGCCAUGUGGACACAAUCUUUUUUGCAUGGAAUGUGCCAUCAGAAUCUGUGAACAAGAAUUACCCGAAUGCCCAUCCUGCCAUGCUCCUGCAACACAAGCAAUACGUAUCUUCUCCUAGCCUCAGAAACAGUUAAUAACACUAAACCAACAAAAAUAGCAUUGCUGAAACUAAUUGUCUGGAUUAUGUGUGUUACCAAUUUAUAAUUUUUAAAGCAAGAUAUUUUGAUCAAUUAAGAUAUGAGGAAAGUGAGAGGCAUGUAACUAUACAGAGAAGAUGUCUUGGGAGAUGGGGGUUAACUCAUAAUCAAAAUACUCUGAUGUUUACAAAACAAGUAGACCCCUUCUAAGCUUUUAAUGUUUCUUAUAAACACCAAAAACAACACCGAUCACAAGUAGUCUGAACAGUAUUCCAUUUAAAAAAGUAAAUAAACUGAAAGAGAAGAAUACGUUUGCACAUUUUAUGCUUUGUUAGGUGAAAAAUAGGGACAUGUUGAAACAAUACAAUAUUUUUAAACCCACAGUGCUGGAUAUGUUUAUAAUUUAGAGCUGUUUAGGUAUAUAUAUCCUCUGUGCACUGCAGGGAUGAGUUUUAUAUGUGAUUCUGAAAAAAUCCAUAUUACCCAUAAAUAAAACAACUUACUCUCCUAGGCAUAAGGUUUCCUAUUCUAUAUAGAAUGGUUUCUGUAUAUUAAUUUGUAAUAUACUGCAUGCAAAAAUCACACAUUUUAUUGUGUACACAUCUAAGAAUAUUUGCAUGCUUACAAAAUACAGAAAUUUCCCAACAUUUAGAAAAGUAGGGUUAAAACCAUCUUUAACCCUUAAGUGACCUUAGCAUGGAGAAAACUUCAAGGCCAUGUUAUACAUUUAAGCAAAUGCGAUACACUUAUCUUGCAGUAGGGAAUGUAGGCUGUGUGUAUGUAUAGUGCAUGAUCAUUACAUAUUUUGCACAAAUUCUUACUAAUGGCAAGCAUUGGGAGGAAUCCUUUCCCUGCUUACGAUGUAGACUCUACACUGGCAAGGAGACUACAGUGCCAAUGAGUUUCUACGUUCUGCAUUUUAUUCAGUUGUGGGGAAAAACAUGUUUCCUAACAAAAGCUAAAGGUUUUAUAACAGAGCCAAAAUUAAAAUAGUAAAUAAUGUAUGUCCUUAUUUAAUUACUUGUUCCCUUUGAGAAAUUAGUAGUACGCUCAAUUUUAACUGAACUAAAUUGUCUUUUAGGAUGAUGGCACACCGUGUGAUUCAUAGCGUUUUGCUGUCAACACAAUUUCCAGCUUUGGGUCGGCAGCAAACUGUUGGGAAUUUUCUCUCCUCUGACUUAAAUGGUAAUUUUUUUAAUUAGCAAGUCGGCUCAUGCUGCUUUAAGUUUGUAGAAAACUGCAAAUAUUUCUUGUAAGAAGCAAAACACAAGACUUAGUCUCCGUAUCGCCCAGAUUUUGCAUUGUGCUGAUAUUUUUAGUAGCUCAGUGACUGAUGUUAGGACACAUGCCAAUGCUUGUCAGGUAAUUGUCACUUGGAUGCAUGGCAGCACUGGAAUCACCUAAAAGAGUUUGUAUAAGCAAUAACGGGUGAUUUUAAGCCACUUCCUAAGUCACUAAAAAGGCGUCCCAGCUCACUGAAAGAAAGGGAGUGCAUUUCCAGCUCUAUGUGUCUUGUUUAAUACAGCUUACCUAUGUGCUUCCAGCAGCAAUAGCCAUCAACUAAAGAUGUAUUACGACACAUGUGUUUGCUUGCCUGUCAGACUUGGAUAUCUGUUUUAGCACACAUGCACAGUUUCUGUUUUUUAAUGUGUGAUGAGAGAGAAAAGGCCUAGAAGACUACAACCACCUGCAUAAAGUACACAAAAUAUAUCUGUUUGCUCUUUGAUGCGAAUGUAGUGUGACUGAAGAUGCAAACACAGCAAUACUGACCUUAAUCUAAAAUGACUAAAGUUUGUUUGACCUAUCAUCAUGUCUCCAGUGUCAGGAAAAAUAAACGAUUCAGACAUUCAGAGCUAAAACAAAGUUGGAGAAACUAGACAUGUUGGUUUCUCACUCCUGUAUCACUAUCGUUUUUGAAGACAAAAGAGUGUUGAAAAAAAAAAAAAA